AUGAAGAGGCAGGCAAACAAUUACACAGAUUCUUCGAAUAAACGAAUCGGUACUCUUGAAAGUCUUUGGUCGAAAGAAAAAAAAGCAGAUGAACCGUCGAAUUCAACUUGUACAACUGUAGACGCAUGCAUUGGUAUCAUUACGGAAUCACUGACUAUCUCGGAUUCAUCUUCAGAUAAGCAAGAUCGAAUUGCUGCCAAUUAUAAUGCUUCAUCUUGCGAUAUCAGUAUCUCUGUUGAUCAUCCACCAGUACGACCAGUUUUAUCCACGUAUCCUGUUAACAACGAAAGUCGUUCAUUUCAAUUUCAAUGGUAUUGCAAUCGUCCAUGGCUUGAAUAUUCCAUUAAGAAUGACACUGCUUAUUGCUAUUAUUGCCGGCAUUUCGGUAUAUCAAUUCAAACAAAACGACUUCAAAGCGAUGCUUUUACGACUGGUUUCAACUGGUCUCGGGGCUUAGCCCACCCCAGCCUUAAAACCUGGUUACGCCGCUAG